UUUCUGUAAUAACUUGAUCUAAGAGGAUUUAUUUGCAGUGUUGGAGUUGAACUUCUGUUUAUAUUCACACAGCUUUGAUUUGGUUGAGUUUGAUUACUGGAAUCAGCGUUUUCUUUCUUUGUGGAUCAAGUAACAGUUUAUGUUUCUGGGUGGAGUAGUUUAUAGAAAACGAUUCUAGAAGGAGUCUAUAGAAUUGGCUGUACACGUCGUGUUACAGCUGAAGGGCGGAUUAUUUUACAUAACAUUCGCAGCUUGUGACCUAAAUCUAGUAGAAACAGGCACGACGAUUCCAUAGGAUACUUUGAGAUUAUCUGGAAUUUAAAAGCAGACGGCCAGACGAUAGAAAGCAUGAUGUGUGUGCUAGCAAGCUUACAUCCGGAAUGAAUUUUUUCCCAGUUAUUGGAUAAUUCAUUGGAAUAACAACUGUUCAAGGAUUCUUCAAGAAAUUUUUCUUCUUACGGCAUUCCCAACCAUCUGAUAUACAAAAUGAAGUGGAGAUACUGUGAUUACUUAUCUGUACUGACCGUCCUGUCUGUGUGUGUCAUGCUGGUAUCAUGUGCGAAAAAGCAGAAAGCACCGUCCUGGCGUCAAGACUCUGCACCAUUUGGUAAUGACGCCAUCGUAGCUAAAACUGAGGACAGUAGUAUCCGUUUAAACUGUGGUGCCAAUGGAAAACCUAGACCAACAAUCAAGUGGUUCAAGAACGGAAAAAGAUUUGAUGUCAAAGCACGAAAAAAGUCACGAGAGCACAGAUAUUCCUUAAUUAUGAAUGCUGCUACGAUGGCGGACAACGGAGAUUACAUGUGUAGGGUGGAAAAUCCAGCAGGAACCAUCGAGUUCACAUUCAGAGUAAAUGUCAUCAAACAAUCUGUUGACCUUGACAUUGAGGCUCCACAGAAUGUGACAGUGCGUCAAGGAGAGGAUGCCAUGUUUAUCUGUCGUGCACGCAAUGUUCCUGAUGCCACGAUCCAAUGGGUGAAAACAAACAAUGGUUCCACUUCAACAGAUCGCACAUACCCUGAGCAUCUGACACCGAACUCUGAUGGCGAGCUUAUAAUCAGCAAUGUCCAGCCAAGUCAGAGCGGUGAAUACACCUGUUGGAUUGGGACGUAUUAUACAAUCAUUGACCGUCAUGUCUGGUUAACAGUCAUACCAAAUCCUACCACGACUACAACCACAACCACUACCACAACCACCACCACCACAACCACCACGCCGGCCCCAACGACAACCACUACCACAGAACCAACAACAACAACAACAACAACUAUGGCACCAACAACAAUGGCCCCUACAACAACAACUUUCCGUGACACGACCUUUGACUUCGGAGAUCUGGAUGAUUUCGACAACAUGGGGAACGAAAGAAAACGAAAGAAGGAUAAAAAGAAGAAGAACAAGAAAAACAAGGAUAAGAAAAAUAAAAAGAAUAAGGAUAAAAAGAAGAAAAAUAAGAAAGAACGAGAAAGGAAGAAACAACAAAGGGAACGUACUAGAAUGGAGGAAGACUUGUACUCACUUGACCCUAAAGUUGUCGAUGGAUAUAACAUCCCCGAUUUCUCCACAUAUGGGGGAUUGGAAAACUACCCAAAGGAGGAUCAUUAUGACUUUGAUAACGAGCUUCCGUCCACACCCAAGCCAUACCAUGACAUUGGAGAUGGGAAUGAUGAUAUCGACUAUGGACAUAACGAUGAAAUGGAUCUUGUCCGUAACCAUGACAUAUCGGUGAGCUCAUCAGCAGGUGGGAAGAAACCACCAAAAACAACCAAUCAAAAAGAUCUCAGCAUGAUGACAAUUUACAUCAUCGUGGGGUCUGUGGCAGGAGGCGUCUUGUUGGUCGGACUUGUGGCAAUUAUAGUCGCUGUCUGUUGUAAUAGGAUAGAGGAUGGAGGAUAUAAAUCAACUUCUGUGUAGGGUCUUCAAAGGGAGGUAAUCUCUUAAAGGGAGACAAUUAAAAUAAGGGAGAUGAUUGUCAAUGCUGCCGACAUGUUGGAUAAUCGCAUGUCCAUUAGAUUCUUGUAAACAUGUGAGAUGAAAAUCAACGAAAAGUGAAAUUGCUCCUAACUAUGACAAUUAACAAUUAAGGAGAUCAAAGACAGUAAGUGAAGACCAAUCAUUUUGGUAAUAUUUUUAUAUUUCCUGAUUCUUCAGUAUCCCAGAGCUCAGAUCAAAGCAAUUUUAGUUUUGUUCAUUUGUUCGACAUUUUUGUGGAUUUCUGGGAUGCACCUGAAAGUGUCUCCUCAGUGGUGUUGUGACGUUUCAUAAUUGGAUAAAUUCCAACUUGAACACAUUGUGUUUGUACUAAAACUUUCACCCAUACAAAGAUGGGUAACAAUUGAACGCAGAAACGCCAUGAGGUAUGUUACAUACCAAUGUAGGAUUUGAUGAAGUGAAAUGUGACGUCACAAAAGUUCAUUAUGUAUCCUCUGCUGAUUAAUAUAUACACAUGUUUCAUGUAUAUAGAAAGAUUCAAUGUGUUUAGAAACAAUUUGCAUAA